AUGUUCUGCCCGAUCAUCGCCUGCCGGAUCCCAGCAGCUCCUGAUUUCGGCGCCCUGCACGGCGAUAUCGCCUUCGCGGAGCUAUGGGCGCUGAAACGGGCGUUCGUGGACAUGGCCACCUACGGGGUCUACGACCUGGUCCUCCUACAUCAGCCGGUCAAGGAGGCUCUGGCGCACUCGUGCGCCGCGGCGGCACCUGGCGCCGACGACGCGUGCGCUGACGAGGGCCCCGAGAACGUGAGCGCCGCGCAAUCCACGGCGGCGGUCGAGAUCUCCGGGAACGAAGCCGAUGACUUCCGAGGCGGUGAGGAGGAGACCGGUGAGUGUCGGACCGGCGAGCGGGAGGUCGCCGAGGUCGGCGUGGCGGCGCACGCCAUGUGUGCAGACGCCGCGCGUCGAGACGACGUUGCGGACCCGGAAAGAGCAGCCAAUGGUGCAAACAGUGAGGUUGAGAAGAAGAAGAAAAGGAAGAAAAAGAGAGACCACGAUGGGCUGCGCAGUGAUGUGGAGGCCACGGAGCACGUAGGCGACGAAAAAUACGCGGAAGUGGACGAGGUGAGCGUUGCUUACGCGGACGUUGACUGCCAUGACGGCAACGAAGAGGCGGAGGAGUUCCGGAAUGUCGAAGUAGCGGCCGUUGACGAAGAGAGAGCCGAGAGCACAGGAGGUGACGACAGCGCUGAAAACUGGGCAGGAGUAGCCAACGCACACGCAGUGGACAAGGAAGACGAGAUCGCGCAGCACGGAGGCGUCAGCGGUGAGACAGCCGCAAAUACGAAAUGUGGACCGAAGGAGAACGUUAGAAGUACGGUGGUGAGGAAGAAGAGGGUCAAGGAAAGAAUUGAGGCAGGGACUAAUAAGGGCGAGAGCGAGGCCGACAAAGAAGAGGCAGCCUCUGCUGAGGUGGCCCCAACGGCAGCCGCUAACGAGGACGAGUCAUCUGACAGCAAGGGCAAGAACGACGAGGAUUAG